AUGACGGUUAAUUNAGAUCUCCAGAAUAGGGACCAAGAAGAUGAACUAAACCAGUCCUAUUCAAGAUUGAACCAAGAUCUCCAGAGUAGGGUUCAAGAAGAUGAACUAUACCCGUCCUAUUCAAGAUUGAACCAAGAUCUCCAGACUAGGGUUCAAGAAGAUGAACUAUACCCGUCCUAUUCAAGAUUGAACCAAGAUCUCCAGAGUAGGGUUCAAGAAGAUGAACUAAACCCGUCAUAUUCAAGAUUGAACCAAGAUCUCCAGAGUAGGGUUCAAGAAGAUGAACUAAACCCGUCAUAUUCAAGAUUAAACCAAGAUCUCCAGAAUAGGGACCAAGAAGAUGAACUAAACCCGUCAUAUUCAAGAUUAAACCAAGAACUCCAGAGUAUUGUCCAAAAAGCCGAAGUAAAUUCCUCCUAUUCAAGAUUGAACCAAGAUAAUCUGGACAGGGUAGAGCUCACAGCCUCCAGAUCUCUGGGCUUACAAGAUAAUACUACGCCAAACCCAUGGCUUGGAGCAAACACACCCAAACAGGUUAAGGAAUGCGGUAUUGUUAACUACAUUUCUCAGGUAGAUGAAGGUAUCUGUAGAAGAAAAGGGUUUUGUCAUGUUGGUUCCAGAAUCUUCUAUAAACCGGGAGAAUGCCUGACAAGGAACCAGUCCUGUUCAGUUAAAUGGAGGAGAGAAUACAUGGAGAAAGGGGAGUGCAGUGGAAGAUUUUGCAUCACCGACUCCAACAUCCAACCCCUCCAUCCUGAUUGUACCUAAGCAGCUAGACAAGUCCACUGUCCAGGGAUCGUGCCUAGGACAGCAAGGCAUGUCCUAGCCGGCUAUAUUGGAAUAAACUUAAUAAAAUUUGUCAGUAUGAUUUUAAAGCUAAAAUUAUAAUACAUCUGUACUGUACUGUA